CAGGAAUUGCCUUAGGUACUGCUUACCUACGCAUGUGAAUGCAUACGUAAUCUAGUGGAUACUUACGGAAUACAUAUGUAUUGGCUUAGUAGAUUACUAGACACGGCAAGGGGUUAAUAACCGUGUACAGUGCGGGACACGGAUUGGAUUUUACAACUUAACACAUUACAACCAAUAUCCAGACGAAUGCCUUCGAUUGCCAUUUCUUAAUGAUUGCGACGAUACACCCUCGAGUUGGCGAUUUAAGGAUUUAGCAUAGUUGCAAUUGGCAAAAAGAAGAUCCUCUUAAGAACCACUCAUAUAACACGCGACUCACGGCAUAUCACCUACUCUGCUACUGCGAUGAUACCAUCUAUAUCUAUGGUAUAAUAUAAACUGUGUUCAUGUGUCGCUCGUUCAUACAUCGUCAUCGGUCAUGGAAGUCUCGCCCUUAACCCAACAGGCCCGACCUGAAACCUUCCAACCGAAAGUAGAUCAGCUGUACGAGGCGUUAUUCAAGGAUGAUGUUGAUACGGACGGAGAGAAAGCCGAGGGCUUCUGGCGAGAGUUCUUCCUCCUGAAGCCCGACCGACCCUUCUUGCAACGAAUCCUAGCCGCCCUAGGACCUGACGACCUAAUAAACCUUCAGUCGCAAACCCGACAGCUCUUCUUCCGGGCUGUAGAAUGCUUGAAGAAAGGAAAUGGUGUAGCCGACUUACAUGCUCUUGAGACCUUAACAACCUUCUUCUCCGCCAUUCUUCCUAAGAAAUAUACAAAUCCGAGCUCGGAUAUCAUAGCUGUGCUAGCGGGCCUAGAUCAGGUUGAUGCCGUCUUCACCGAUUUUGUAGGAGCUCUAGAUGGGGUAAUUCGCAAUGGCAAAUCAAUGGAAGUUCGGCAAAAAGCUGUGGAUGUUGUCUUAUCCAUCACCUCGGGUGCAUACCAGACAAGUAUUCUGACAUAUUUCAUACAGCGGGAUCUCUUCCCCGCCAUAAUGAAGCUCAUUCAAGACUCGGAAUCUUCCGAAAAGGUCCUGGAACCAUUUACUUUAUUGGGCCUAUUGGCAAAUUACAACAAAUUUGAAUUUCAGAACCCCUACCAGCUACGACUCAACGAUUUUGUUAAUGAGGCUGCUAUACGGAAAAUCGUUCGAUGUGUCGGGCACACUUGUCGAAAUUUAAGAAGUCAAUACGUCGAUAUUUUACAGGAUUUACCUGAAGGGUGGUCCAUCAGUAAUACCCUAACCAUGAUCGGACUUGGUGCUAUUACUCCUGGUGCGAAGGCACACCAGAAACCAGCAUACGACCCGGAGGUAGCCAAGCAGAUGUUCGCAAAAUUGCCCGGCGAAGAUGCUGCUGUGCUACUAGGUGCAUAUGACUUCAGUCACGCAAAUAAGCUAUUCUGCUUCACCCUCGUGACAUUACCUGCUGAAAAGGGCGAAGAGCAACCUAUUUCUAGUUUCCUAUCACUGACCUCUUACCUCCUUCAGCAUGCAUUCCUCUCUACCAGAGCCACAAACUAUGCUCAUCUCAGUCUAAUGGUUUUCCGGCUUCUUAUUGAGGACCAGCUGCUAUGUAAGCGAAUAUGUAGCGAUGAGAGUAAAGUAGCCGUCAGACUCUGCCGUCAACGGCAACCAUUCCUGCCAGCUGUCCGGGGAGAACGCAUCUUGGCGACAAGCGUUCUAGACACCAUGAUAGAUGGCAUCAACCAUAAUCUGCGCCGCAGACUCGAUGUCAGCCUCUAUACUUUGUGUGUUGGUAUCAUGCUGCGUAUCAUCUCGUACCUCUCGCGGUCACGGACAAGAUUGCAAUACCAUUGGUCUGAGCUGUUUCGCUCUCUGCUGUCUCUUAUCCGUUUUCUCACUACCUAUGCCUCUGAUCUCAAGGGGCUUUCCCAUUACGAAUCCCUCUUAGAUCUGGUCGUGAACCUAUUGGCUCUUUCUCUCUCCGCAGGUGAAGCCUUUCUUCCUACACCUGCUGCCUAUGACGACCUAUUCUACAAAGUUGUUGAGAGUGGCGAGAUCCUAGUAAAAUUCCGCGACACCUACCGCCUAUCAAGCCGACCAUCGAAUUCAAUAGGCACGCUUAUUAGCGUGAGUACGCACUACAAGACCAUGUUGGACUCGGAUAGUUCCAAAAAGAACCUCACUAGUACUGAGGUGGUGGAGGUGAUCAAGCAGGGUUACGAGACGUUGAGUAUCCAGGCGAGGGAAGGGCUUGAUGGCUGGGAGAGGUAUCGUGAAGCCGAUGAACGGACACUUCUUAAGAAGAUGGCACGAGCAACGGUAGCAGAUGUUCAGGUCAUCGUCCAAGCCUAAGUUAUAUGGGCAGGACGAUCAGGCUAAGAUGUGAAUCAGAAUGUGCUUAUGCAAAAUUAGAAGCGAGGAACCAUAAACGCUGGUGCUCUGUGUAAGAUACUACAUGAGUCAUAAAGUGCCGUGGUGUUUGCCAGAAAAAGAUAUAAGAAACCGUGAUAGGAAUUCAGCGAAUGGGUUCGGUACUGUGGAAGGACCCUGAUUUUGUGGGCGACCCAUGACUAACAAGAUCAUGCCAAGAAUAUUGAUCAAGUCGUAGGACUUUGUAAGAGAUCCAACCUUGGACGAACGGUGAAACCGUGGGGGUGAUAGAAUCACCGUGGGGGUGAUAGAAUAGGGUAGUAUCGCCAAGGUUCCAUCACAGUCUGCAUGGCGUAACGAUGAACUACUAAUAGUGUGAGAAGAUAUGUACAUAUCUAGAAUUUUACAUGAUGAUGAGCC